GGCUAGCAUAAUUUUCUCGUAGGAGCUCGCAUCGAGCGCCACUGCGGGAAGGAAAGUUAAUGUUGUUCAACUUGUAGGACAUUAUGGAUGCCCCAUCCGACGAAAAGGUUGACGAUGGCUUUCCGAAAUCAACUUUCGAAGGCAGCAACUCGAGCAGUACGUACACGCCCAUACGCCCGCACUCCCGGACAGAGCAUCCGGAGCCAGUGACAUGCCAACUUCCAUCAAAGUUGUUGCCGGGACCGUCCCCAAUCAAUGGCGACCCGCAUGUCAACAGCAAUAAAAUAAUAAGCGACGUCACCGAAUCCGACGAACCCCCGCUGCUGGAGGAGCUUGGAAUCGAUCCCAAACAAAUUCUGGAAAACUCGUUGGCCUUUCUGAACCUGCUCCAGCCGCCGGACGCGCUUAUUGACACCACAGCGUUUCUAUUCCAAGAGCCGGAUCUGGCGGGACCCAUCUCGUUCUGCUUAACACUAGCCGCCAGUUUGUCCAUCUCGAAAAGCAAAACCCAGUUCGGGUAUAUCUACGGGCUGUCGAUGAUUUCGGUUUCGGUUAUGUUCUGUUUCAUUUGGCUGAUGUGCAAUUCGCUCGAGACACACGUGACGGUAACGGCCGUAGCAAGCGUGCUGGGCUACAGCAUGCUGCCGAUCGUCGCGCUGUCCAUGCUGAACAUAUUCGUUACACUGAAUAAUUUCUACGGAGUGGUUUUGGCCGGUGCGGCGAUGUAUCUUGCAACCAACAGCUCUAGCAGAAUGUUUUGCCUCAUGACGGCCGAUCCACACCAACGAUAUCUUAUAGCAUAUCCAUGUGCACUGAUGUAUGCAUUAUUUUCGAUGUUAGUUUUUUUCUAAGCAAUACGUCCGAGUCUUCGUGCAAAAUUCUCAGCAAUAAUGUGUAAAUUAAUUAUGUAUUCAUUUGGUGUGUAUUUUAUUAAAUUAUCUAUCCACGUACAUCAA